GGCACCGCUCGGCUGUUUUGUUUUCCUGUUAGCUUUUAGCAUCUCAAGCUUCUGUGAAAGAUGCCCGCGUCUGUCAUGAUGGCUGAACUGGAUGAAAAGCUGUUGUUGCAGUUUGAAACACAAGAGCUGGAGGCUCCUGGUGGCAUUGCAACUCCUCAGGUGUAUUCCCAGCUAAUGGUCCUAUAUCUCCUUCACAAUGACACGAACAAUGCCAGAUAUCUUUGGAAACGGAUACCCCAAGCAAUUAAAACAGCAAACCCAGAGUUGGCAGCUAUAUGGGCUGUAGGACAACAUAUAUGGCAGCGGGACUUUCCAGGGAUCUACAGUGCAAUUGCUGCUUUCCAGUGGUCUGAAAGCAUUCUGCCUGUUAUGGAAGCAUUAAGAGAAUCCACACGCAGGAGGGCAUAUGUGCUUGUAGCUCAAGCUUACACUUCAAUUAGUGCAGAAGACUUUGCUGCCUUUGUAGGAUACUCUGUAGAAGAGGCAGUGAAAGGUGUAGUUAGUCAUGGAUGGCAGGCAGACCCAAACACCAGGAUGAUCAUGCCACAGAAACCAGAUCCACCCCCGGUUUCUCUGGUUCCAAACGAACAACAGCUGGCCAGACUUACCGACUACGUGGCUUUUCUUGAGAACUGAUAAGAACCCCGCCCUCUCUCAUCCUCAUCCCCACCAACUCUCAGAUACUCUGUUUUAUGGAAGAAAACGUCCACGCUCUUCCGUCUGGUGUCCAGGACUCUUUCAGACUCAUCUGUUGUGCCCAGUGAACAGUCAUCAAUGUCUCUCUCACUUUUUGUUUUAUAUCUUUCACAAUGAUAUACGACAAGAUUUUCAAGACUUCGAGAUAAAUCUGCUUUGGAAUGUGACACUGAUGUCAAGACUGUAAAUUAUUAUUUUUCAGCAUAAAUACUUUGAUUUAUCCAUGCCUAAUGUUUUUGGCUCUGUGUUAAUAAGACAUGUUUACCUUGUCUCAGUGUCACAGAUCGAACAUGUACUCUUUCUGCAUCACUGGGUAAAGCAGUGUUAAGCUUGAAUUUUGUAUUAAAAAAGAAAAAUGU